AUGCAAUCGUUUUUCCAUUUCUACACCGAUCUCUCGCGCGAUGCAUCGAUCCGUUAUUCCUCUGACAGCAUCCAGAUUGUGCUCGGCUAUAAGCCGCAUGAGGUGCUGAAUCGGUCAUGUUGGGAAUACUUUCAUCCGCAGGAACUUCCUUUUGCGCGUAGUGUGCAUGGUCGGGGUGUGAGGCUUGAUAGGGCUGCUGUGUUGAAUUAUUGUUCGAUUCGGCAUAGGGAUGGGCAUUGGGUUGGCCGUGGGAAGGGUACUCAGAAACGCGCUGUCGAUGCCCCUAUUGUCCGACAGCUUUUUGAAUCCUCACCUAAUGACCCACGCUACCACAUGCUUACAUUCAUAUCCAGAAAAUUCUCACAGCGACUCGAUGAGCCGCUCCACGAGCCACGCGCAGCUAUGUUCGUUAACAGAUUUACCCGCACCGCGACGAUCAUGUACGCGACCAGUGGCGUAUCACAGAUCCUCGGAAUAAGCCCAGAGCAACUCAUGUCGAAAAGCUUCUUCUACUGCAUUCAAGAGAGUUGUCUAAGAGAUGCGGUGCGGUGCCUCGAAAGCGCAAAAGCGAACGACUCGAUCGCCUAUCUGAGAUUUUGGUUCCGGAACCCAAUGCAAGACGAGCAUCCCGAUUUCACUCGGCAUGGGCUAGCCGCAUACUCAGAUCCAAUCCCUCCACUUGAACUGGAGGCAGUUGUUUCGUGUACUUCAGACGGAUUAGUUGUGAUUCUUCGUCGGGCUCGAUCCCCAAUUCCAACAACUAGUACUGAACCACCGCGCCCUGUGCCUGUUUAUUCAAAUGGGAUCUUUGCAGCACCGUGGGCACUUGAGCCGGUUUACUCGUACGGUUCAUCUUCGCAUGCACAGGAGAAUACAGCGCCACACACGGUUUAUCCAGAGGUUAAGACUACGAUGUGUAGAGACGACCACUCCUCUUCAUCUGCUUAUACACCAAGCACCUCUGCUCAUACUCUCUCAGCUCCUCAACCCCAGCCUCAGAGCAAGGCUGAGGGCUCCAACGGCCCACAGGCACAUGAUCUCAUGGACACUAUUCGUGAUGUUGCUGUCUUUGCAUGGGGUAUUGUGGGAAUCAACCGAUCGCUUGAACAGUACAAACUCGGAACCCCAAGUGGCAACGCUCACCCCGAAGAAGAGAUGAUGGAUGGAAGCUGGGACAAUAAAACCGCGAGAGUGGAGGAUGACUGGGAAAAUGACGCUGCGGCGGGCCGUGGCUGGGAAUAA